CGAAGAAUCAGCAUCAAUUUCUAAGAGGCUACCAAACGCAGUCUUGGAGGCUUUGAUGGCUUGAUAUUGUGAAGAAUAUUGGGGAGUGCUAUGUGUGGAAAACGUCAGGAAUAGAUUCAGUCAGACCAGGCAGUCCUAGAUUCUGAGAGGAAUUCUCGAGGAGCAGGCAGCCAGCAGGCUCACUGGUUGGGAACUCUGGCACAUGGAAAAGCGGCGGACGCUACGCCGUCUCAGGAGCCAGGCAGGCACAGUGAUCUCAUACACUGUGAUGUGGCAGAGCAGCUUGAGACAUAUUGCAGGCCACUUUGGAACAGGGAUCCAGUCCUACUUUAACUUCCUGCGUUUCUUGGUCCUGAUGAAUUUCGUCGCCUCCCUGCUAGUGCUGGGGUUUGUGGUUGCUCCAAACGCUGCAUUCGAGGCUUUGCCGCUCAACUGGACGAGUCAACAGAGCAACACUUCAGUGAACGCCUCUUGUCUGAAUUACAACCCCUCACCCCAAGGCCUGGUCACCUACUUUUCCUUGAUCAUGGAUCUUCUGUCGGGCCAGGGUUUCAUAGAGCUCACCUACCUCUUCUAUGGCUACUACCAAAAUUCAGCUGUUGAUUUCAUGAACUUCUCAUACAACAUCCCCCUUGCGUAUCUGCUCACAGCGUUCUUCUACCUCCACUUCUGUCUGUCAUGGAUCAUACGGAGGUCAGUCUAUUGUCUCAAACGCAGUUUGGUUAGUGAAGACGCUUCCCUUGGGUCCUACAGCAACAAAGUCUUUGCAGGAUGGGACUUUGCCCUGAGUCAAAAGGGAGUGGUGGAGUUAAGGCACAAGAGUAUUCGCUACGAACUGCAGAUGGAUCUAGAGGAGGAGGCACUCCGCAGGCGCAACGCGGAGCGGACCACAGCACAACGAGUCCGUCUCUAUGUCCUCCGAGGCUUGCUCAACAUCCUGGUUUUGGGGCUGUUGGGAGGAGCAUUUUUCAGUAUCUACUGGGCGACAAACUAUUCCCAGGAGCUGCUAGGAAAGGCAGACUCCCCAGUCAAAGGUAAAUACGUCUUGGAGCUGCUGGUGGCUUAUCUCCCAUCCGGUGUCAUCACAGCUGCCAACCUCUUUGUCCCAAUGAUCUUUGGGUUCAUGGUUCCCCUGGAGCAAUACCCACUCAGCUUUGAAAUCAAAAUCACACUUCUCAGAAGUGUCUUCCUACGUCUUGCGAGUGUGGUCGUUCUCCUGAUCUCGCUUUGGUCCCAGAUCACCUGUGGCGGCGACCCACAGAAUUCAGAGUGUCAGAGCUGUGGAUAUAACAACCACCUUCACCCGUGUUGGGAGACCUCCGUGGGGCAGGAAAUGUACAAGCUGAUGAUCUUUGACUUGCUUGUCAUGCUACUUGUGAUGCUGUUUGUGGAGUUCCCAAGAAAGAUGCUGGUGGCUUCUUUCCCCACUUGCACCUUGCUAAAACUCUGGGGGCAGCAGGAGUUCAUGGUGCCUUCCAACGUCCUGGACCUAGUGUAUGGACAAACCCUGUGCUGGACAGGGGCUCUCUUCUGCCCCCUACUGCCUGUGCUCAACACCAUCAAAUAUGUUGCCAUCUUCUACCUGAAAAAGCUAACCCUUUAUGCCAACUGCCGUCCAGCUGAACGGACGUUCCGUGCCUCCAGCUCCAACUUCUUUUUCCUGUUGGUUUUGCUCCUGGGACUGAUCAUUUCCUACGUCCCUGCCCUAUACAGCUUGUUUGUAUUACCCCCUUCAAAGGCUUGUGGCCCAUUCCGAGGGGAGCUUACCAUGUGGCACACCGUCUCCAGCGCUGUCUCAGAAUUACCCCGCAUUGCUCGGGAGUUCCUGGAAUUUGUGGGCUCUGUGGCGUUUGCUGUGCCCUUGUUCCUGUUGCUGAGCAUCCUCAUGUUCUACGUCAUGGCUCUGGCUGACUCUUACAGCUCCAUGGUCAAAGGCCUCAAAAGGCAGCUCCGUCUGGAAGGACAGGACAAGCUUUUCCUGGUGAAACAGAUAUCAGAGUUGAGUCAAUGAGUGAAAUAACUUAUAAUAGUCUAUAUGUAUCUUGUCAGGGGGAAAAUGUUUGGAUACUUUUGACUCUCACUUUUGUAGAAUCUUGUUCUCUAAUUGUGCUCCUGGGCAUGCUGCAGGAUUUCUGUUUUGUAAUUCACCCAAAACAGGUGUCUGGACAAACUAAACUUCUCCACAAUACAUAUCUUUCUGUGUUUUCUCAGGAGCCAGAAUGGCCAUGUGUACCUCCACCACUAAACCUUUUGGGGAGUUGUGCAGAAUUGAGAAUUUUACCAGGUGUGGCUUUUCUCAUCAAAUGCUAUGUUGCCACGAAAAGCCAUUGCUCAUAAAAUUAUUUCUGUUCAACUCAUAAAGGUACAGAAUACACCUGUAACAUGUAUCUGAUCAAUUAAGAAUAUUUUAAUCAACAAAAAAGAUUCCCCUGAUUAAUCAGCAGACAUCAGUCAUUUUUAAUAUAACAGAUGUGAGAGAAGGGGGAAUGCCUCCACUAAGGAUGUUUGCUGCAAUGUGUGUGUGAUGUCCCAAAACAUGUGGGUUUUUUUAAUAGUAGGUUUUUUUCUCGUAUGAAAAGCUACAUAAAUUUGAAUAACCAACAGAGAUUUCUUUAACUUGUACAAAAGGAACUCUCAUGUUAGUUUGGGGGGAAAGUUGGACACAGAUUUAUUUUUAAUGUUAUGUAUUAAUACAGUAUUCUGUUUGAUGCUA